AUGUCUGAAGGGACCCUUGCCUCCGCAGUUGCCAUUCCUGAGCAGGAUUCUCUGCGGCAAUCCCCUGAGCUCCCCGCGAAGAGGCGCAAGUCCUCCGUUACCGAGCACGAUCCCAAACGCCGCCGGCUCAGCGCGCAAGAUGACGGUUCUCCGCAGUCACAGACCCGACGCCUAUCAUCGCCGGCGCAAGAACCCGAGCAGCCAGCGGAAAAGCGACCUACCGGGCGGGGACGAGAGGAUGAGCGCAAGCGCGGACAGCGACUGUUCGGUGGACUGUUGGGUACCCUCUCGCAGAGCUCAAAUCCGGCAGCGCAGAAGCGGCGCGCGGACAUUGAAAAGAGACAGCAGGACAAAUUGAAGUCUCAGGAUAGCGAACACGACGGGCAGAAGCAGCGACACAAGGACCGGCGAGAUGCAAUUCGCAGGAAAGAGAAGCCGUUUUAUGAACGAGAGGCUAUCCAGACACGCCAUUCAAAUCUAGUGGCUAUGGCGCAUUUCCUGAAGACAAAGACAGAACCUGCGUUGUAUUACAAGCCAUGGCAAUUAAGAUCCGGCGACGAAGCAGUAAUCCAGGAACAGAUAGAGGAUGCCAAAGCGACCGUAACCCGUGAGGUCGCAGAGUUCGAAGCCCGAUACCCACCGGAAGCCUUUGUGCGCCAGGAUCUAGAGCCAGUGUCUACAGAAGAACCGACGCAACGAAACACAUCUGAACAGCAGCCCGAGUCAAAUUCAGAACAACCCUCGGCACCGGAACCACAGGUGGAAUCAAACCACCAGGAGACAACGGAGGAUACGGUGGGUGCACAAGGCAACACUGAGCAAGACGUAGAAGCUAUGACCGAAGCGCCUACUAACGGGGCCGACGGCGCUGCUCAAGAGCAGCCAGAUGGCCAUCAUGACGACGGAGGUGAAGUAGUGGAGGAUAACGAGGAUACAGUGAUCUAUUAG